GCGGCGCUUUUAAUUUUGUUGAAACUACAACAGAAACUAACGUCGAUGAGGGACAUGUCCAUGCUGUCACAACGGUGCUCGGUGGCAUCAUUAUGUUUGUUUGUGCCGCCAUAGGUAUCCCGACGAAUGCAUACGUGUUGAUGAGAAUUGUUAAUAAGCGGCUUAUGUGGAGUAGACAUCCUCUUGUCUCGCAGCUGGUAAUUCUAGGAAUGUUUGCAUCAUCUAUCCAACUAGGGCUAAUGUUUGUGGACAUGGUAGGGAAUCCUAUUAAGGGAUACGAGCUGAAAAUGUGGUGUCGCGCGAAAUAUUUCUUUCUACGGACCUUGUGGGGAACUCAGAUGUUUUCUUUAGCAUUUAUUGCCGUACGAAGAGCUCGUAUCGUGUGUAGGACACACUCCGGUCCGAUCUCAAACUGGCCUGAUUUUGUUGGUAUCAUCUUAUCAUGGUUGUGUUUAGUCUCAUUUAACAUAUAUAUCAUGGGGACCGAUAAAGAGGAACGUAAUGCUGCAUUCGAACUAUGCUUUAAAGGACAUGUUGGUAUAUCGAAUGAAAGUAUUGAACGAUCUGAUAGUGUCAUUACGACCCAUUUCACUUCACUUUAUCUUGGGGUAGCUCUCGUUGUUAUGGCGACAUCUUAUAUGGUUUUAUUGAAGCAUAUCAACAACAAAGUGGCGCCAAGCGUGUCCUCUCCACACGCCGUGUUUAUCAUUCAUACCCCCACUUAUUCCAGUCCUUCGCCAGAAAUAGCAACCACUCUUUUGGAGACCCCAAACAUCUUGACAGCAAAUUUCCCAAGGUGGCACGAUAGUGAAAUUCUAACGGAGAGCCCAAUUGCAACAGGUGGUGUUCACAUAUCCAUGUCUGAAAUCCAAGAACAAUCUGAUGAUCUGUUUGUGAUCCAUGAGACUGCCGAAAAUGUCAGUUGUUCAGGUGCCGAAGAAUCACCAGAACGAGUGAACGUUAAUUCUCCUGAAGAAGAAAAUAAUUCCAGACGCACUGAGGAGCCUGUUGUUGAUGAAACUGAAAAUGGUAGGAACGUGUUCGCAGCUGACCAUUCAAACCAUCAAGGACUUGCAGGUUCUGGAUCGUCUGAAUCAUCGUAUCAAAGAAAAUUCACUCCAAGCUUCCGAAAAAGACUCGAUCCAUCAGAAUAUUGCAACUGUAAUGUGCGAUAUUCAAACUCUUCGGGGUCAUCCGGACUGCUGACACCGCGAAGUUAUUUCUCCGGUUCUGGAUCUGGCUCGAGAUCAUCUACGUCGUCGAUCUCUCAAGGAAAAUCAACAUCACGCUUUUCACAGCGGUAUUCACGUGGGUCAAAUGAUUCGAGGUGGAGUUUCACUACAAGAGCAUCUGAUCUGAGCGUUGCAAGCGAACCGGUUUCAGCUGGAGUGGGGUUUGAUUCUAGCUUGCCGCCCCUUCGGC